CCAAAGCAGGGAAUGGCAAAUGCUAGGCCGGGAACUUGGGGUGUUUUUUUUUUUUUUUUUCUUUCUCUCCUCAUCCAUCUCUGUGACACAUCUCCCUCACUUGGGAUUCUCUCUUUCCCUUCCCCUUUCUCUGUACUAUUUUCGCUUCCCCUUGCUCUGCGUUAUUUUCCCUCAUCCAUGCUCCUCAUUUCCCAGGGAGGGGAUGCUUUUUCUGGCCUCUCUUUCCCAGGAUCUGUUCUUCACGCCUCCCUAGAGGUAGCCCGGGGACCCGAGGUGUUCGGCGUGGCUUCGAGUUUUGGGCCUCUCUUUCUCUGACCUGGCAAGGGCUCCAGAGGCUUCACCUCGUCCUCGGACGGAAUCCAAAGCAGGUGGGCUGGGCACGCGACCCCAGCGCCUUCAAACGCCACAUCCGUCCAGCAAGCCACCCCCAGGUCGGCGAGCGAGCGGCCGUUCUCCGCCACGGUCGGCCGGAGCCUUCUAGGGGGUUUUCGGGGCGGCCCGCCGCCCCCCUCUCCAGAUCGCUGCCCUGCUCCCGCUGCGGUUCACCGGGAAGUUUUCCAGUUGGAUGUGUCAGCGCGUCACGCCGUUUGAAGCACAGCUUCUCCCGAUAAGCGUGGGACCAUCUGCUCGGCGCAUCGCGAACGUUUUCCGCGGAGAACCGAGGUUCCAGCCUCCCUCCGGGGAGCCGGGUGGGGCUGGAGGGGAGAGGGGCCGGCAGAUGGGCGGAGGGUCCGUCGCCUGCGGCCGGUUGACCCACGAUGGCGGAAGGUCUUCUCCUUUCUUCUCUGACGCCCUUCCUGGGAGAGAUACACCCGCUCGCUGAUCCCAUGGACUCCUCAGAACGGACGCCCUAAAAGUCCCACCCUGCGGCCCCCAUGGAUGCGUCCAACGCGACCUCCCUUUUCACCGAGGAGCCCGCGAACGUCUCCGCCGGCAAAAACGCUUCUGCCGGGAACUUCCACUGGGAGAUCCCGAUUGUCCAUUGGGUGAUCAUGGGGAUCUCUCCCCUGGGCUUCGUGGAAAACGGAAUUCUCCUCUGGUUCCUCUGUUUCCGCAUGAGGCGGAAUCCCUUCACCGUUUACAUCACCCACCUGUCCGUGGCCGACAUCUCUUUGCUCUUCUGCAUCUUCAUUCUGUCGGUCGACUACGCCCUGGACUACGAGCUCUCUUCUGGGGACUACUACACGAUAGCCACUCUGUCCGUGACUUUUCUGUUCGGGUACAAUACGGGUCUCUACCUCCUGACGGCCAUUAGCGUGGAACGGUGCCUGUCUGUCCUUUAUCCCAUCUGGUACCGCUGCCACCGUCCGAAGCAUCAGUCGGCUUUCGUCUGCGCCUUGCUGUGGGCGCUUUCCUGCCUGGUGACCACCAUGGAAUACGUCAUGUGCAUCGAUAUCCCCGGCAAGGAGCAACUGAACGACCAGCGGGCGGACUGCCGGGCGGUGAUCCUCUUCAUCUCCGUCCUCAGCUUCCUGGUCUUCACCCCCCUGAUGGUGGUCUCCAGCUUGAUCCUGGUGGUCAAGAUCCGCCGAAACGCCUGGACUUCCCAUUCGUCCAAGCUGUACAUCGUCAUCAUGGUCACCAUCGUCGUAUUCCUCAUCUUCGCCACGCCCAUGAGGCUCCUUUACCUUCUGAACUAUCAGUACUGGUCCACCACUUUUAAGAACCUGCAUCACGUUUCCCUCCUUUUCUCCACCAUCAACAGCAGCGCCAAUCCUUUCAUCUAUUUCUUCGUGGGCAGCAGUAGGAAGAAGAGGUUCAAGGAGUCCUUGAAAGUGGUCCUCAACAGAGCGUUUAAAGAUGAGGUACAACCGAGGCGCCAGGAGGACGUCUCUAAUUCCAUCACUAUUGAAACUGUAGUGUGACAUUCGGCGGUGAAAUUUGGAGCGGGAGGCAAGGUUAGUCUGGAUCUUGGACUGGUGAGCUCCGUGGCUCGCAAAAGGAACUCGGUACGGCGCUUAGUACCGUGCCCGGCACCCUAGUAAGUGCUUAACGAGCACCAUAAAAAAAAAAACCACCACCUCUACAUGCAUCUUAUAUAUGAAACAGUCGAACUCCUCAUGCAUGCACACUAGCAAACCCCGGGAUGAUCCUACUCCGAUACCUUAUUCUCUGGAACUGCUCUAGUUGUGCUCUGACCCCUUUGGAAACGUUCCUUUUCAGGAUGAUCUUUUCUUCAUUGAGAUCCCGUCGGAAGUAACGUGAGGACCUCAGUAAAGGGACUUUGGUUAAGGUUCACCCACCUUUGUGAAAAAGCAAUCGGGUUAUUUGUUGAAUCUUGGUGGCGGGGGGGUGGGGAGCGUCUAUUAAAUGAUGAGGGGUGGAAGGCUCCUAUCUCUGUUUUGUGAAAAAUAAAUAAUCUCGUCCUAUGGAAA